AUGCCUCGGCAGCUUCUUCUUCUCUCUCGCGCGAUGACAACGGCAACUCAAUGGAAUGGUGGUGACGACGUAGUGGCGUUGCGGUGGUGUCAAGUGGAUGAGAAGGAGGAAGAGCACUGGAAGAAGGCCAACCGGUGGCUGCUGUGUUGUGGGUGGCCAGGCCAAAAACGCAGUAUACUGCUAUGGGUGGUCACAAACGGUGCUGCAGGUGGCCAGAUCGGUCCUGUUGGUGGCGCUGGGGUGCCGCUGGAUGGUGCUGGACUGCUGGGUGAUGCAGUAUCUACGACCGCGAGGGUGGUGCUGGCUGGGGCUGAGUGGUGCUGUCCGCGAGGAGGGGCUGGGAAGAAAGGUCUGGUGGUGCUGGGAGAAAGGCUUCGACGACGCUACGAGGUGGUGGGAGGAAGGGGUUCACCGGCUGGGGAGGUGCUGCAGAAGAUGGGUUCGCCGCCGGCCUUGGGUUUCUUCGAGUGAGACUGAGAGUGAGUGCAGAGAGUGAAAUUGAGAGAGUGAGAGUAGAGAGCGGCUAGGUUUACGUUUGGGGGUGG